GUUUUGAAAUAAUAAUUAGUAUUUGCUUAGGAUUUGUGAGCACUGUAAGGAACUAAAGAUCUGAGUAAAAUGUCUGCAGUUGUUGAGAGUCCCCCUGUUCCUGCAAAGAUUGGUGUCCCUGAAACAAAAACUGGUGAUUAUCCAACAGGAGAUGCUGCUCUUGCUCCAUCUCCGGCACCUCUACCUGUAAUUGAGGAUGAUAUGAUGGGAGAACUCACCAUGGAUGAACUUAAGGAAGCCUUCAGAUUGUUUGAUUAUGAAGGGUUUGGCUACAUUACAGUGGAAACCUUUAGGACGAUUUUGCGGGAGUUAGAUGACGACUGGACGGAAGACGAUAUUUCCGGAAUUAUCAGCGAUAUUGAUAUUGACGGUUCUGGAACUAUUGAUUUUGAAGAGUUUGUGAAGAUUAUGACCUAAUUCAAUAAAUUGUAGUUAUAUUGUCACAAAACUAUAUUUUAAAAUCUGCAUUGUUUUUAUUUUUAAUAGAGCUUGGAAUCAGCUUGGUUUCAAGUUUUGAACAAUUAAAAUAAUUAAAAUAAUCAAAUAAAAUUGAAUUGUUAUACUUACAGUGAUAAACAGAAAACUCUGAAAUCGGAAGACGAAAUUAUAGCAAUGAUAAACGGAAUUGAUGGUGUUACAAAGCAAAUAGUUUACUAGACACUUAUGAAAUUAAGUGAAAUGGGUCUGUUUACACUGCACAAUUGCCGUGUCCCAUGCUUAUUGGAAUAUUACUCAUAAUUUGAGUCAAAAGUCGUCUUCCUAUUUCAGAGUUUUUGUUUAUCACUGUAAGUCUUUGUGAAAAAAUAAAAGUUUUGCAUAUUAAGCUAAUGAUAAUUGCAAAACAACUCUGUGUUUGAUCAUUUGGAUGAAUUUCGAAAUCUAUUAGAAUAAAAAUUAAGUCUUUUAA